UCAACUGCAGGAGUCAACUUCAAAACUUGUUUUUGAAAGCAUUCAGCCCAGCUAAUGUUUUUAUAAAUGUGAAUGGGGAUCACUGAUGUAAAUUACCUUCGUCAUUAUGUCAGACAAAGAAUAUAGGCUUGACUUGAAAGGAGUGAUGAGGGAUGUGCAAACUGCAAGAAUGUGAUGAGAUUGCUCAUUGGAAUGUGACUGUUACAUAUCUGUAUAUUGUGUUAUGCUUUUCCACAGAAGCUAUUGAGAGGCUCGUAGAAACAUCUUCAUGGCGUCUCUGAGAACAACAUAAGAAACAAGGUUGGACAAAUUAUAGGAUGGAGCCUUGUAGUUUGAGUUAAUGUCAUAAUUACUGAACUUUUAAUAGCCACAGUAGCCUAUCACAGACUAAAGGAGGAACACACACCUGCAGAUAGUUUGGGAAUCAGCUGAAGUGAGUGCGCUGCUCCUCUGAGGACAAAACUUCACUGACUUAUAUCCAGAGCUGACCACCUCCCAUCCACAACUGCUCUCAGUGAGGCUGUGAAAACACCACUUUGUGUUCCUGACUCCUCUGAUUCUCCAACAAACAAGAUGCAGAACAGGACUGAGAAGUUUGGCGCUCUUGUAAGUCCAGCCAUCAACUCUCCGCGAGUUGUGUUCAGGAAGAGCACCACCUACCUGGCCAAGAUCGCUGUCAUCCUACAGGACGCUCCUGGCAAGAUGCUCACUUUUACUCAGUUGAUGGAGAAACUUGCACCAUUAAUCUCUGACGACAAAAGGUCUGUUGAGAACAACAUCAGAGUUUGUUUAUCAACAAACAAAUGUUUUGUGAAGAUUCCAGUUGUCCCAGAUGCUCUGGAUAGUAAGAGGAACUACUGGAAACUGGACUCCAGAUCAAUCACAGCAAAGAUGGCACGUCGUCACUUCAAAGGGAUCCUGCAGCUCUUCCCAGAGUUGGCCUCCAAAGUGGAAUCAGAGAACACCAGCAGACCACCGAGGAACUGCUCAGCUGUCCACUCUCCUGAACCUGCAGCCUGCGGAGCUGUUCAGAUCAGAUGUGAGGUGAAGUUCAGCAGUCCUUUCUCCAUUGAAUCCCUCCUGAAGAGAGACAGUCCUUCUGCUCGGGCCUCCAAAGCUUCUCCUCGGUCCAGUGUGCUGGUCAAAGGGGAUCAGCAGCGUCACUCCAUACACAGAGUUUUGAGAAAGAAGAGCUUCAGCUGGGACUCUGAGGAGCCUCUCCUCGUUCGGGCUUCAGCUGGUAGUUCUCCCAUCAGCUCAACAGGGGGCAGCACACACUGUGGACUCGCUGCUAAUGGAGCUGUUAAACCCAUCAGGAUGCAUGUGUGCACUGAGUCCUCAUUCCCUGUGUACACAAGAGCCAGAGCUUCUCCUUAUUUCUCCAGCCCUCACAGCGGUUACAUCACUUACUCUGUACCCACUUUUACCCAUGAUGCUCUCCGUUUCCGUUUGUAACAUUUUUUUCCUAAUCCUGAAUUGCACUUUUUCUAUGUUAUUCGUUUUUGAGUGGACCAUACACUUCAGAGAGACUUUUAUUUAAAAUCAGACACACACUUUCAAAUCACAUCAGGACUGAUAAUGGUCUUGUGUGUGUCUCACUGUGUCCAUUUUCUUUUAUUUGUGGCUGUAUUUCAUUGACUCAUGGUUAAAAGCUCCUGGGGCCUUGCUUGAUUAUUCGAGUGGGAAAUGGUAAAUGGGAUAUUUUAUGAAUUUUUACAUUAUAUUUUUUGAGGUCAGCAUCUGACCUCAAGGGGGCAGUAUGAUGUUUCAAAGUAUACCUCGCUUGUGGUACACAAAUGUCAACACACCCUUGUAUAAAACUCUGAACAAUUAAAGGUGUUUGUUUACUA